AUGCAGGAGAACUACAAGAUUGUGACCUCGCUGGGAUUCCCCAUUCCAAAACCUGAGCUGAUCUCCCGCCUGGAACGAGGGGAAGAGCCGUGGGUCCCAGAUCUCGAGUGCUGUGAGGAAAGAGAGAGCCUGAGAGGUGACCACACAGGUGAUGAGGCAGUGAGUGAGAAGGAGAAAGGGAAUCAUCAUGAAGAAGUCCCUGGGAAAGUGGAACCACAGAGGACAUUUGUGGCAAGAGCAGAAGGGAAUUUUUCCCAGUGCUUCGAACAGGAAGAAGCCUGUGGAAAUUGGCACAGGUCAGAGAGGCAGCGGGGAAACCAACCAAGGAAGAAGGUGGAUGAAUCUAUUAAAUGUGGGGGAGGAGACAAGGAUCCCACAACCCAGCAGACAAAUUUCAAGGAAGACAAACGCUAUGAAUGCCUCUUGUAUGGGGAAGGAUUCAUUCUGAGACCACAGCUUGUUACACAUCAGACAAUCCAUACUGGAGAGAAACCCCUUCAAUGCUUGGACUGUGGGGAAAGCUUCAAUAAUCGCUCAGCCCUGAGUAAUCAUGGGAGAAGCCACAGAAGAGAGAAACCCUCUCAAUGCCUCGAGUGCGGGAAAUGUUUCAUUUGGAAGUCAGAACUAAUUAGACAUCAACUAAGCCACACAGGGGAGAGACCCCACAAGUGCGUGUACUGUGGGAUAAGUUUCACAUGGAGGUCAGACCUUGUUAGACAUCAGGCAAUCCACACAGGAGAGAGACCCCAUAAGUGUUUAGACUGUGGGAAAAGUUUCACACAGAGGUCAGUCCUUGUUAUACAUCAGAGAAUCCACACAGGAGAGAGACCUUACAAGUGCGUGGACUGUGGGAAAAGUUUCACAUGUAGGUCAGACCUUGUUAGACAUCAGUCAAUCCACACAGGAGAGAGACCCCAUAAGUGUUUAGACUGUGGGAAAAGUUUCACAUGGAGGUCAGUCCUUGUUAUACAUCAGAGAAUCCACACAGGAGAGAGACCUUACAAGUGCUUAGACUGUGGAAAAGGUCUAAUGUGUAGGUCACACCUUGUGAGACAUCAGUCAAUCCACACAGGAGAGAGACCCCACAAGUGCUUGGACCCUGGGGAAAUUUCACACAGAGAUCACACCUCAUUAAACAUGAGAGAAUCGACACAGGAGCUAAACUUCUCUGACACAGAGACAGAUGGUGUUAAGGAAAUUGCAUGUAAUUGACCUAGAUUCAACCUUUAGAGACAGGUUAGAAAAGUGUGUCCUCGUUAGAUAAACUAGAGCUUCGAGAGGUAAACCUGUAUUGUUAAAGACAUGGAAGAAGAUGGUAACUGAAGUUGUCUUUGUUUGGCUGUAUCUUGUUAGAGGUUAACAAUGGAAAUAAACAGUUCUUGUC